UGUCGGCUGUGUUUGGAAAUGCCCCACCUGCCGGCCGCUGGAGGGCAUAGCCUGUGUAAAGACGAUGAUGACGUCGACUUUUACCCCUUCGGAAAGCGGUCUAAGAUUGUAAGAAGGUUUGAACCCCAGGACAGCCCCCGACCCCCUGCUCCCCCUCCCGCUUCGAAAGCCAGGGUCCAGUACGAUGAUGAGUUCUGGGACCGCAUACACAAACAGCCCAGCUCGUACUGCAAGGAAGAUUACACAGACGCUUCUGCACUGAUGAAAAGCAGCUUUGUAGUGCACAGGGAUUCCUUCAUGGGGCUGGCAGGGGCGGGGCUAGAGAGACUGCCCUCCCCCAAGGAACUCUACGGGAAAAGGAGGCGGGGGGCCGGGCGCAAGGUCGCCCCCAGCGAUUGCAGGAUGGUAGCGGUACUGCGCCACAUCCAGGACAUCAAGAAACUGCAAGGAGGCAUCGACCUGCUAAAGAAGGACAAGUGGGGGGGGUCCAGCCACCUGCCCCCCGAGGAGAGCUAGCCGCGGGGGGAGCUGGAGAGGGUACAGGGGCACAGUGGCAGCACAGCCCCCCCGAGACACCGCCCAGCGCAACGAGAGGAAGAGCGGGAGGGCAUCCCCACUGCCGACCCUUUCCUCCCAGCGUUCCCAGUCCUCCCAAUGCAGCCGUUCCCACUGUAUCCCAGAGACGUGCCUUUCUAUCCCAGUACGCAGCUCCACACGAACCAGCAGUUCCCAGCGUCCCAGGAGGAAUUCUGUGCAGCUCCUGGUGCGGACCCGGUGUCUUCCUAUGUCAUGGCGACUGCAGACAGACAGAUGGCGCCAGAGGGCUUUCUCACUCAGCCACCCCACAAAGAAUUCUGGGGCUUCUGUUUCCCCAGUGAAGAGUAGA